AUACUCAUAACGAGUCUAACAGCGAAGACUACACCGGUAAUAACCCAGGAAUUACUUGUAGACCACCGGCACUAGGUAGCCGCCAACAGAUUAUAUUCGACAAAUAUGGGCGUUAUUGUGAUGUCGGGUCAGAACAAUUUGCAAAUGCUAUCGGGAAGAUAGUACGAGCAUGAUGUCCUCCUGCAAUUGAUAAUUGGAAAAUUGUUCCAGAGAUAAUGAAAGAAGAUAUAUGGAAAAAUCUUGUCGCUGAAUAUGUCAUACCUCAAGUUUAUAAACCUAAUAUUUUAUCAAGGGCUAGAAUUUCUUGGAAAAAUUGGAAGAGUCAACUUCGAGUAGAGAUGGAUAAACAUGAAACUGUUGCUGAGAAGAAAAUAAAUAUGCCAAUACGUUUAAUUACAAAUAGAGAGGAUUGGGAACGUUUUGUUGAUUUCUGCAACACUGAAGAGGAUAGGAAACGUCGCGCAAUUGGUAAAAAAUCUAGAGAAGCUCUUCAAUUCCUUCAUUCGACUGGGAGGACAGGACUUUUUCGGAAAAUAUACAACAUGGAAAAAGAGAGUCCAACUGGUGAAGUUGACAGAGGUGUGGUAUUUGUUGAAACCCAUGUAACCAAGACUCUAAAUAAUCCCGAAUCCUCCUCCAUCUCAGAUGUUAGACUUAGAAAAAUUAAAGAGCUUGUAGAUGCUAAUCCAAAUGGUCAAAAAGAUAUCGACAAUGAUGCUGUCGCAUUGAUAUGUGGACGUGAUGGACAUGGUCAUGUAAGAGGCAUGGGAGGAGGUCUGUCAAGGACUACUUUGCGUGCUUCAGCGCCAAUUACAGAGACUCUUCGCAAAGUAUUGCAAGAAAACAAGAGUAUGCAGUCUGAAAUCCAUUUACUCAAAACACAGCAUGGGACACGUAUGCAAGAUGGUGUAUCUACAUCAUCAAAUCAAUCUGCACCUCAGGCACCUGAUGAGUCCUACGUGCCUGCUAGUUCGUGUUUCAUGAAGAACUUCAAAGGAAGAACCAUUGUUUUAGGCCGUUUCAACACUGUUGAUCCGGAAAUGGAACAUGUCUAUAGUAUAAUUGUCGAAGAAAUAUAUGAUAGAGAUGCUGAAUUAUUUGAUAAAGACGGUAAGCUUGGAGAUAUUGUGAUUGGUGGGGUGAUUAAUUGGCCAAAAGCAUGUACUAAGCCUGCUAGUUUAUGUUUCGUUAAAAAUUUCAAAGGAAGAACCAUUGCCUUAGGUAGUUACAACUCUGUUGAUCCACCAAUGGAACAUGUCUACAGUGUGAAGGUCGAAGAAAUAUUCGACGAAGAAUCAGAAUUAUUUGACGAAGAUGGGAAGCUUGGAGAUAUUAUGAUUGAUGACGUGAUUAAUUGGCCAAAAGCAUGUGUUCAGUCAUAUCGACAAUAAACCAUGCUACAGAACAAAGGAAAAUAGAUCCAGAACUUAAAAAGGAGAUCUGUAAUGCAUUGUUACAUAAAUUGGUUGUGCAGGAGUCAGUGCAGUGAGUGCACAAACUUUACUUAACAUAAACAAGUAAAGAGAACCCUUUUUUUGUUGUAUAUUAAUGGAUCUCCUUGGACCAACUUCUGUAUAAAUGGGAAGGUGUAAUUGGUACCAUUUACUUAGUGGGUCUAUCAUUUUUUGUGUUUCCUUGUCCUGUAAGGCUGUAACCUUCUCAUGUUUGUCACUGUUUUGGUGACUUGUUUUUCUAAUGACUAGGUGGCAGGCACGCGCUCUUCGCGUGCAAAAGUAAAUAAACUGUGUGGAGUUAAUUUCUGGGCAUCAACAGUCCAAGGUGUAAAUAAGACACGUAUCUCUGCAAACAUGUGAGGUGGUAAGUUUUGGGGCGUACUCCCUCCUCGUUCAUAUGUUCAAGUGUGUGUGAUAAGGCACUUCUAUAAGUUACUUGGUUUUCUCCCAAAAAGAAAAUCUAAAACUCUGUUUAGCUUUUUCUCCCUCCCAGUUUUAUUGCUGCUGCACAUGCACCACCAUUCCAACAACCACCUCUCUCAGAUUCAUACUAUGCCACCACCACUUUCAUUCUUUUUGUCGCAAGUUAUGCACGAUGCACCUUUGAUCUACCGUCCACCAUUAGAUCUAGAACUGAAACUUCACUCUUACAUAGAAGAAGAAGCUUAGAUAUGGGUUUUGCUUGUAUGGCUAUUUUGAUCAUUUUUCAAGGACUGCUACUUUGUUGAUUUUGUUUUUCAAGAUUUUGAUCUAUGAGAAGAAGCAAUCGGUGCAUCCUUUUAAUCUCUUCUUCUAAUUAAAAAUCUAUGAAUGUGAUGAAAUUUCAGAUCAAAUACGGGUCAAUGGAUUGGAGAAAGGAAGAUGGGAUCCGAAUAUUUAAUUGCGUUCAAGUUACCGUGGUGCCCCUGCAAUAAUUUUUGAUCUCUUUUAAUGUAUAUAUGAAAGCUAGGGUAAAAUGGGAAUAUAAUAAUUUUCAGAUAUCUAGAUUACCAUUUAGUCCUCAAAUAAUAUUUUCUCUUUUGUUUUAAUGUUAUACAAUCAGGGGUAAAAUUGUCCAAAA